AUGCCAGAAUCAAUACACUCGGAACAUAAACAAGGUUCCCCUAGAUCAAGAUCUGGCUCGGUUGAUUCUUCAUAUGAACCAAGUCUAAAUGAAUAUCAUGGGUUUGACACUGAUACCGGAAGGGAUAUCCAAGAUUUAGCAAGAACUUUAACCCAUGACUCAAUGAGAGAUACUGAAUCAUCAGCUGCAUUACUCAAAUAUUUAACCCAUAUGUCAGAAGUACCAGGUGUAAAUCCUUAUUCUGAUGAUAUUUCCAACCCUGAAUUAGAUCCUGAUUCCGACCAAUUUAAUGCCAAAUUCUGGGUAAAGAAUCUUCGAAAAUUAUACGAAUCAGAUCCUGACUAUUAUAAGCCUUCGAAAUUAGGUAUGGCUUAUCGUGAUUUAAGAGCUUAUGGUGUGGCUAAUGAUUCUGAUUAUCAAGCAACUGUCACUAAUGGAGUAUGGAAAUUUCUUGUUGACACAGCAAGAGGUCUUAGAAAAGAAGAUGAAUCAAGAAUGUUUGAUAUUUUAAAACCUAUGGAUGCUAUCAUGAAACCAGGUGAAGUUACUGUUGUUUUAGGUAGACCAGGUGCUGGUUGUUCAACUUUAUUGAAAACUAUUGCUGUAAAUACUUAUGGUUUCCAUGUCGGUAAAGAAUCUAGAAUUACUUAUGAUGGUUUAACUCCUGAUGAAAUCGAAAAACAUUAUCGUGGGGAUGUCAUUUAUUCUGCUGAAACUGAUGUUCAUUUCCCUCAUUUAAGUGUUGGUGACACUUUAGAAUUCGCUGCUAGAUUAAGAACCCCACAAAAUAGAGGUUUAGAUAUUCCAAGAGAAACUUAUGCAAAACAUAUGGCUAGUGUUUAUAUGGCUACUUAUGGUUUAUCACAUACUAGAUAUACCAAUGUUGGUAACGAUUUCGUUCGUGGUGUUUCUGGUGGUGAAAGAAAGAGAGUUUCAAUUGCCGAAGUUUCAUUAAGUGGUGCUAAUAUCCAAUGUUGGGAUAAUGCUACUAGAGGUUUAGAUGCCGCCACUGCUUUAGAAUUCAUUCGUGCAUUAAAGACAUCUGCUGCUGUUUUGGAAGCUACCCCUUUGAUUGCCAUUUAUCAAUGUUCUCAAGAUGCUUAUGAUUUAUUCGACAAUGUUGUUGUCUUAUACGAAGGGUAUCAAAUCUUCUUUGGUAAAGCUGAUAAGGCCAAGGAAUUUUUCAUCAAGAUGGGUUGGAAAUGUCCUCAAAGACAAACCACUGCUGAUUUCUUAACUUCAUUAACUAACCCAGCUGAAAGAGAACCAUUGCCAGGAUAUGAACACAGAGUCCCAAGAACAGCCAAGGAAUUUGAAGCCGCUUGGAAAAAUUCUCCAGAAUAUGCUGCAUUAACUAAGGAAAUCGACCAAUACUUCAUUGAUUGUGAAAAGUUGAACACCAAACAAACCUAUCAUGAAGCUCAUGUUGCUAGGCAAGCCAAACAUACUCCAUCAAAAUCUCCAUACACUGUUUCAUUUGGUAUGCAAGUCAGAUACAUCAUGGGUAGAAAUAUUCUUAGAACUAAAGGUGAUCCAUCCAUCACGAUAUUCUCCAUCUUUGGUCAGGUGGUAAUGGGUUUAAUUUUGUCAUCGGUCUUUUACAACUUGAAUCAGACUACCGAAUCAUUCUACUAUAGAGGUGCUUCCAUGUUCUUUGCCGUUUUGUUUAAUGCUUUUGCAUCGUUAUUAGAAAUCAUGUCACUUUUCGAAGCUAGACCAAUUGUUGAGAAACAUAAGAAAUAUGCCCUUUAUCGUCCUUCUGCUGAUGCUUUGGCUUCCAUUAUUACUGAGUUACCAGUUAAGUUUUUGAUGUCAAUGUCAUUUAAUUUAGUGUUUUAUUUCAUGGUUAAUUUCAGAAGAAAUCCAGGUAGAUUCUUCUUCUAUUGGUUAAUGUGUGUUUGGUGUACUUUAGUCAUGUCACAUUUGUUCAGAUCCAUUGGGGCUGUUUCUACCAGUUUACCAGGUGCAAUGACUCCAGCUACUGUUUUGUUAUUGGCUAUGGUUAUCUAUACCGGUUUUGUUAUUCCUACUCCAAAGAUGCUUGGUUGGUCAAGAUGGAUUAAUUACAUCAAUCCUGUUGGAUAUGUGUUUGAAUCAUUAAUGGUUAACGAAUUUCACGAUAGAGAGUUCAUGUGUGCUACAUUUGUUCCUACUGGUCCUGGAUUUGAAAACGUUCCUGAUGCUAAUAGAGUUUGUUCUGCUGUUGGUGCUGAACCAGGGAAUCUUAUCGUUAAUGGUACCAAUUAUUUAAAAUUGGCUUAUAACUAUCAAAACGCACACAAAUGGAGAAACUUGGGUAUUACUAUUGCAUUUGCUGUUUUCUUUUUGGGAAUUUAUAUCAUGUUGACUGAAUUCAAUAAAGGUGCUAUGCAAAAGGGUGAAAUUGUCUUAUUCCUUAGAGGAUCUUUGAAGAAUCACAGAAAAAGAGCUGAUGCCAAGAAGGCCAAUGCUGCUGAUGCUGAAAAUUAUACCGGAACUCAUGAAAAGGUUGGUUAUGAUGAUGAAGCUGAAGCUAUUAAGAAUGAAAAGGGUAUUUCUUCAGGAAGUUCAAGUGAUAAUGAAUUGCCAAGUAAUAAGGAAAUUUUCUUAUGGAGAGAUUUAACUUAUCAAGUCAAGAUUAAGAAGGAAGAUCGUGUAAUUUUGGAUCAUGUUGAUGGUUGGGUUAAACCAGGUCAAAUCACUGCUUUGAUGGGUGCUUCUGGUGCUGGUAAGACUACUUUAUUGAACUGUUUGUCUGAACGUGUUACUACGGGUGUUAUUACUGAUGGUGUUAGAAUGGUCAAUGGUCAUUCAUUAGAUUCAUCUUUCCAAAGAUCUAUUGGGUAUGUUCAACAACAAGAUUUACAUUUACCAAGUUCUACUGUUCGUGAAGCUUUACGUUUCUCUGCCUAUUUGAGACAAUCCAAUUCUAUUUCCAAGAAAGAAAAGGAUAAAUAUGUUGAUUACAUUAUUGAUUUAUUAGAAAUGACCGACUAUGCUGAUGCAUUAGUUGGUGUUGCUGGUGAAGGUUUGAAUGUCGAACAAAGAAAGAGAUUAACUAUUGGUGUUGAAUUAGUUGCCAAACCCAAAUUAUUAUUAUUCUUGGAUGAGCCUACUUCUGGUUUAGAUUCUCAAACUGCUUGGUCUAUUUGUAAAUUGAUGAGAAAAUUGGCUGAUCAUGGUCAAGCUAUUUUAUGUACUAUCCAUCAACCAUCAGCUUUAUUAUUGAAAGAAUUUGAUCGAUUAUUAUUUUUACAAUCAGGUGGUCAAACUGUUUAUUUCGGUGAUUUAGGUGAAAACUGUCAAUCAUUAAUUUCUUAUUUCGAAAAGUAUGGAGCUGAUCCAUGUCCUAAGGAUGCAAAUCCAGCUGAAUGGAUGUUACAAGUUGUUGGUGCUGCUCCUGGUUCCCAUGCCAAACAAGAUUAUUUCCAAGUUUGGAGAAAUUCAAGUGAAUUCCAAGAUGCUCAAGAAGAAUUGAAUGAAAUGGAAAGAGAAUUAGUUAAGCUACCAAGAGAUACUGAUCCAGAAGCUCAUUUGAGAUAUGCUGCUCCACUUUGGAAGCAAUACUUUAUUGUGUCUGCUAGAGUUAUCGUUCAAAAUUGGAGAUCUCCUGGAUAUAUCUAUUCCAAAUUAUUCUUGGUGUUAUCGUCUGCACUUUUCAAUGGGUUUUCAUUCUUUAAAGCUGAUAGAUCAAUGCAAGGUUUACAAAAUCAAAUGUUUGCCAUUUUCAUGUUUUUCAUUCCAUUCAAUACUUUAGUUCAACAAAUGUUACCAUAUUAUAUUAGACAUAGAGAUGUUUAUGAAGUUAGAGAAGCUCCAUCGAGAACUUUUAGUUGGGCUGCAUUUAUUACUGGUCAAAUUACUUCAGAAAUGCCAUAUCAAAUUGUUGUUGGUACUUUAUCAUUCUUCUGUUGGUAUUAUCCUGUUGGCCUUUAUAACAAUGCUGUUCCUACCGAUGCAGUACAUUCUCGUGGUGUUUUGAUGUGGUUAUUGAUGACUUCAUUCUUUGUUUAUACUUCAACUAUGGGUCAAUUAUGUGCUUCUUUCAUGGAAUUAGCUGAUAAUGCUGCCAACUUGGCCGUUUUGUUAUUUACUAUGUGCUUGAAUUUCUGUGGUGUUUUAGCUGGUCCUGAUAAAUUACCUGGUUUCUGGAUUUUCAUGUAUAGAUGCAAUCCAUUCACUUAUUUGAUUCAAGCUAUUUUAUCUACUGGUUUGGCUAAUACUACUGUUACAUGUUCUGCUGCUGAGUUAUUAACCAUUGUUCCACCUUCUAAUACUACUUGUGAUCAAUUCUUGGAUCCAUAUAUUUCAUUUGCUGGUGGUUACGUGUUGACUAAUGAAGCUGGAACUUGUGACUUCUGUCAAAUGAAUUCAACUAAUGAUUUCUUGACAUCUGUCAAUGCUAUGUUUAGCGAAAGAUGGAGAAAUUGGGGUAUUUUCCUUGCAUUUAUUGUUAUUAAUAUUAUCUUUACUGUUUUCUUCUAUUGGUUAGCUAGAGUUCCAAAGGGAAAUAGAGAAAGAAAGCAUAAGUAA